AUGCUCUGCUUGGGCCAUGCUCGAGCCUCCGACUCUUUGCCAAGUCGUACCAUAUCCCCGAAGCAACAUUCCGACGGUGGGUCGCGAACUCGUCCAGCUACCUGGCGAAAAAGACCCAUGGUCCGUGGGCAACUCUUCAUGGCAAAGGACGCCUGGAAUCUGUCGAGUUCUCAAGCGACUUGGUCGCAUUCAUGGAGUCCGUGCGGGACGGUGAACACUUCGUCACGACUGCACAUCUGGUCACCUGGAUGA